CACAGAUCUCGACUCGGAAAGAAUAAAACAGUGAGCGAGGCAAAGCGACUACAGACACAACUACAUUUGAUAAACAUGAGCGGUUUCGGUGGCAGAGGUCGCGGCCGUGGAGGGGGUCGUUCCCCUGGGGGGCGCGGACGUGGCGGUGGACGCGGAGGCUUUUCUCCUGGUGGACGUGGUGGAUUCGGUGGUAGAGACGGGGGACGCGGGGGCCGUGGAGGUGGUCGCGGUGGGCGUGGUGGAGGGAGACGCGAGGGAGGUAUGCGUCCUGGCGGAAUGAAAGGAGGUACCAAAGUUAUUGUCGAACCGCAUCGCCACGAAGGAGUCUUCGUCGCCAAGGGCAAAGAAGAUGCUCUGGUAACACUGAACAGCACUCCUGGUGUUGCUGUUUAUGGAGAAAAGCGAAUCAGCGUCGAAGUACCUCCUGCUACGGGUGAAACAGUUGCCACCAAGGUCGAAUAUCGAGUCUGGAACCCUUUCCGAUCCAAAAUUGCCGCCGCCAUCUUAGGAGGCGUGGAGAAUAUUUGGAUCAAGCCUGGAUACAAGGUGCUCUAUAUUGGUGCUGCCGCUGGAACUAGUGUGUCACACGUGUCAGACAUUGUUGGACCCACUGGUGCUGUCUACGCUGUUGAAUUUAGUCACCGUCCGGGACGAGACCUCCUGGGAGUUGCUAAACAAAGGACAAACAUCAUACCUAUCAUCGAGGAUGCUCGGCAUCCGCUCAAAUACCGGAUGUUGAUCGGGAUGGUUGAUUCUGUUUUCGCUGAUGUUGCCCAACCAGAUCAAGCUCGUAUUGUUGCUUUGAACUCACACUACUUUUUGAAGAAUGGUGGACAUGCAGUGAUCGCCAUCAAGGCAUCUUGCAUUGACAGUACUGCCGCACCCGAGGCUGUCUUUCAAAGGGAAGUGGAGAAACUGCGAUCGGAAAACUUCAAGCCGAUUGAACAAGUUACCCUGGAGCCGUAUGAACGAGAUCAUGCUGUUGUUGUUGCAGAAUACAGACCUAAGAAAAAGAAGAGCAAAGAGUAG